UGUUUUUUUGGGUUUGUGUGGGCUACUGGAAUGGAGAUUGAAGGAGAAGAGAAAAAGCACAAGAAGUUGGGUAGGUAUAUGAAAGGUGAACAACAUCUUUCUAGAAUGCCUUUCCAGGUCGUCUAGAUUUUUGAAGGGUGAACGACUUUUACCAUCCCAAAGGUGAAUGAAUGAGCCCACAGGGAGGGACAGAAAAAUAAUAGAAAAAAAUAAAAUAAAAAAAUAAAAUAAACACCCUUAAAUGUUUCCAAACACCCCUCUCUAUUUUCCUCUCAAUCAUUCACAUAAACCGACUGACUGCUUUCACAAUACCCUUCACCCGCCUUAUUUUCACAUCUCCAAUCUAGUCAUACCCCCUCAAUAUUUCCAUUUUUGCCUUUUAGCAUGUGCCGCUUUAUUUGACUAG